UAGAGGUAGCUUUCCGGGCUUUCCCACCCCCGCUGCGUGGUGAAAUAGGUUUGGGGAUGAAAACGGGGGCGGGAAGUUCGGGAGGGGGUGAGGAGGGGGGAGGCGUAUGUGUAUGUGUGUGUGUAGGUUGAUAAACUCACCAGGCCUCCCUCCUAUUUCAUCACCACUUGUUUGCGCUCCCCCGCUGUUUUGUUUCAUCCUCGCAUAUACACUGUAGCAGUACACAGUAGCUUUCGAAUCAUAGAAAUCACAAAUCAGCCACCGCCGAGCGUUCCGCCAUCGCAUCGAGAAGGCCAAGUUGACGCGCGAGACCAGGAACACCACCCCCCUUCCCCGCCAAAGCGUCGCCGAGAGAAUAGGACUUGCAACCAUGAAGGGCGUGGACUUCAUCCGCUCCCAGUUCAAGAAGCUGCCGUACCCGUCCGAGGAUUGCGCGGGCCGGGUCGUGAUCGUGACGGGCUCCAACGUUGGGCUGGGCCUCGAGGCGGCGCGGCACUUUGUGCGGCUCAACGCGGCCAAGGUAGUGCUCGCCGUCCGCAGCACCGACAAGGGCGAGGCGGCUCGGACGGACAUUGAGCUCACGACGGGCCGGCGCGACGUCGUCGAGGUGUGGCCGCUGGACCAGUCGUCGUUCGACAGCGUCAAGGAAUUCGCGGCUCGCGCAGACCGGCUGCCGCGACUGGACUACGUGGUGCUGAAUGCGGGCGUCGCGACGAACAAGAGGAUCGACGCCGAGGGGUGGGAGAGCCAGGUAACGGUGAACGUGCUCAGCACGUUCCUGCUGAGCCUCAAGGUGCUGCCGGUGCUGAGGCGGACGGGGAAGACGCACAACGUGACGCCCAAGAUUGUUAUCGUCUCGUCGGAUGCGAGUCAGAUGGCCAAGUUCCGCGAGCGCAACGCCGAGGACAUUUACAAGGCGCUCAACACCAACAAGAGCCUGACGGACCGGUACAGCACGACGAAGCUGAUGCAGGUGAUGCUGGCGCGGCAGAUGGCCAUCGCGGCGGACGCGUCGGGUAAGGGCCGGGUCCAGGUGACGACGCUGAACCCGGGCCUCUGCUCGACGGCGCUGUUCCGCAACAUACCGUUCCCGCUGACGCUCGUCGUCAAGGUCGGGCUGAAGCUGCUGGCACGGUCGGCCGAGGUCGGGUCACGGUGCCUGAUGGCGGCCGCCUUCGCGGGCGAGGAGGCCCACGGGCGGUACAUGAGCGACUGCGCCGUCGUCAAGUUCCCCAAGAUUAUGCAGGGCGAGGAGGGGGAGCAGGUGCAGGCGCGGCUGUGGGAGGAGACGGUGGAGUUGCUGAACGGGGUCGACCCGGCGGUGUCGAUGAAUCUGUGAGUCGAACCGCGUAGGUGUGUAAUGUCGAUGGGGGAGGCGGCGGCCUCGAGACGGGUGUAUGGUUCUGUAAGGAAGCAUGGGAAAUUGUAUGGAUAGGCAGGUACCUACCUACCUUUGGGGAUUUGAUAAUGGUGGUUUUGCUACAUUUCCUGGCCGAGUCGGCACAAAUUACAAGAUGCAGCUUCGGUUCUAGAUGAGAGUCCUGAAUCUAGCUGAAUAUCACAUAGGCGACCCUCAUGUGCGAUGUUCAUUGGCAGGGUCAC